AUGUUCUACGUGACGAGAAUAGCGACCCGUUACGAGGAGGUCGGCGAAGACGAGUUGGGGAAUCCGAUCGUGAUGCCGGAGUUUGUGGCAGCAGCUCGAACUCCGCUCGAUAGCCACGACAUACCGAUAGCCACGACCGAAUUUAUCCAACCAAGAAUGACGCGUCCCAAUGCUUUAGAACAAGAAAUACUACCAGCAACUGCCGCUCUGGGGAUUACUGCGGAGACACAAUUCAAUACGUCAAAUGGCGAACCGCAACCAAGUACGUCAGGAUACCAACCUCAACAUGGAUCUAGGAACCGGGACAGACGAGAGAGCAGCUCUGGCAUUGCACCACGAGCGGAACCGGAGGACACUGAUAGUGAUGAAUUCUUUGAAGCGGAAGAUCAUGAUUCCUCACCGCCAAACACUUCGCCAAUAGUUCCCUGCAACCCUUCAACAGCAAUAUCAACUGAGUUGACACUCUACUCGGCGCUGGGAGACUGUGAACGAGCUCUACAGCUGUUCUUCAACAAUAAUCUUGACGGAGCCAUAUCUAUUAUGACCCCGUGGAAAGACGUAUCUCUAUACCACGCACACGGUGCUGCUAUUUUCGAGUUCAUACCGGCGAUGCUAACCCUAGAUCCGGUUCAAAUACAAAAAGCAAACGACGCUUUGAGACAUACUUUCGAACUGUGCUCACAACAUCGCCGGAACUACAACUUUGUUCAGUCCAUUGGAGCCAUCAUUAGGAGGCCGAAUUACGCGACUUAUUCUGAGGAAGAGGCACACGCUGAACUCAUUCACGCUGAGGCAGUGAUGCUGCAGGCGUGUCUGGGAGCUCUCGAGGGUGAAGAUGUAGCGGGCUUAGUGAAGGCCUCCUUCCGAAUUAAAUCGUCCUUUAACAGCUACAAGCAAUGCGCUAAGAUAUUGUCGCGGAAGGACUGGGAGAGUAAUGAGUGUAAGGCUCACUUUGAAAGCGGCGUGAGGCUUGGCCUGGCGACUUUUGAUGUCAUGAUAUCACUACUACCUCCCCGCCUGAUAACGCUCUUGGAGUUUAUAGGAUUCAGCGCUAAUAAGGAAAAAGGCAUAGAAGAUCUGAAGACGGAGGCCAAAUCCCCAGGAUUACGGUCCGUGCUAUGUUCACUGACUCUCUUGAUCUAUUAUCUAGUUAUUGGACACUUUGCAGCUAUUGUACCGGAUUAUUUUGCUACGGAACAAAUGAUUUCUAGAGGAUUGGCGAGGUAUCCAAACAGCGUGUGGUUUACGAUGUUCAAAGCUCGGAUGUUACUACUACGGGGUAUGAUCAAUGAAGCGGUGGAAUCUUAUCAAACAGCGACUCGAACUGAGAAUCUAUGGCCGCAACUAAAACAUCUAUGUUACUGGGAAAUGAUAUGGGCAUAUGGAAUAAUGAUGGAAUGGUCACAAGCCGCGUGGUAUGCGAGUAGACUUGGCGUUGAGAGUAAGUGGUCCCGCACUAUCUACAUGUAUACGGAGGCCGCCAUGCACUUAGAGCGGGGAGACGGACUCACUACUGACCAAAGGAGACACUGUGAACUACUACUCAGGAAGGCCACAAGCUACAAACAAAGACUGAUGGGUCGCUCUCUGCCAAUGGAGAAGUUCGUCAUUCGUCGUUGUGAGAGAUGGCUUCGUCGCGGAUACCUUACCCUGCCCGGCGUCGAGUUGAUGUGUUUGUGGAACAUGUUUCCAUCACUCGCCGCCGAGCCCCACUACGCCGACAGAAUGCUGAAACACAUCGAAAAAUUAUGCGACGAAGUUGAAUCUACCCUGAGAAGCAGACGAAGCGACCCUAAUAAUGACACACCAAGCUAUGAUAAGGAGGACCUCGCUGUGGUCAAAUAUUUGAACGGCAGUCUAUUGGCCGCUAUGUCCUUACCGAGACUCGCUUUGAGACAUCUCGAAAUGGUGCUAACGAUGAAAGACGAGAUUAAGGACGGCACACAUCUAGUGCCUUUCACGACCGUCGAGAUAGCCAUGUGCCACUACGCGCUCGGAGACUCAUACCAGGCCGUGGAUUUGUUACACGAUGCGAGGAAAAAAUACGCUGGUUACUUACUAGAAGCUAGACUACAGUUCCGCAUACAUUCGAAAUUAGAGUUGAUAAACGCUGGUGCAGCGAAUACUGUUGUGGCUGGAACUACCGCUAGUGCUGUACCUAUGGCGAGUGUUAACGCGCUCGCAUCUCGACCAUCGACAUCGACAUCGACAUCUAGCAGAGCCAUCACUACGUCCAGAGAAAUAGUUGAGAACAGAUCAGGAAGGAUUACGACUAGGGAAGUCUUGAAUACGAUAGCUGAUUCAAGAGCGAUAAUGGCAGCUAGUUCGCAUGUUAGGAACGAACCUGAAGAGGUGGCUCUCCAGCGAUCGAAUCCAGGGCAUGAGCGAACACGAGCGAACACGAGCGCGAACACGAGCGCGAACUCGAACACGAACAGAUGA